AUGAGUACUGAUAAGAAGAAAGAGGAAGUUCCCAAGCCGGAGACGGAAGAUCUAACGGUGAAGGAUGAAACCAAGAACAAGGACAAGAAGAAAGCUAACGAGGAAGAAGAACUGUCUGAAGAAGACCAGAAGCUUAAGGGUGAUCUGGAAAUGCUAGUCCAGACUUUACUGGAAGAUGACUCGAAACUAUAUGAGACCACGUUAACUCAAUUGAAGGAAUUCAUUAAGAAUUCUACAAGUUCUAUGACUGCGGUUCCAAAACCUCUCAAGUUUCUACGUCCAUUCUACCCUGACUUAUGCAAGGCAUAUGACAAAUGGUCCGAUAAGGAUCAGAAAUCUUCUUUGGCAGAUAUGCUAUCGGUAUUAGCCAUGACAUAUUCUGACACGCAUCAACAUGAUUCACUAAGAUUUAGAUUAUUAUCUGACACAUCGAAUAUAGCUAGUUGGGGUCAUGAAUAUGUUCGCCACCUGGCACUUGAGAUUGGUGAGGUUUAUAAUGAACAAGUUGAGAAGGAGGCCGAGGACAACUCAACUUCCACAGAAUCUUCACCACAACCGCCACACAUGAACUUUGAAUUCUCAAAAGAUGUUAUCCUACAGUUGUCAUUGGAAAUAGUGCCAUAUUUUAUGAAGCAUAACGGUGAGGAAGAUGCUGUGGAUUUACUACUAGAGAUAGAAGCCAUUGAAAAACUACCUCAGUUUGUUGAUGAAAACACUUACAAGAGAGUUUGCCAGUAUAUGAUUGCCUGUGUACAGCUACUUCCACCUCCAGAGGAUAUUUCCUUUUUACAAACUGCUUACUCUAUCUACUUAUCAGAAUUACAACUACCAGAAGCACUUUCACUGGCAAUUAGACUUGGUAACGAAGAUAUGAUAAGAUCUGUUUUUGAUGCUACAUCUGACCCUAUAGUUCAUCAACAGUUGGCCUACAUCCUAGCAGCUCAGAGGGUUCCUUUUGAACAUCCAGAACUACAAGAAAUUAUUGGUAACACUAAACUGUCCGAACAUUUUCUAUAUUUGGCCAAGGAACUAAACUUAUUAACUCCAAAAAUUCCUGAGGAUAUUUAUAAGAGUCACUUGGACAGCUCAAAGUCUGUUUUCAGCAGCGCCGGACUGGAUUCUGCGCAGCAGAAUUUGGCUGCUUCAUUUGUUAAUGCAUUCUUGAAUCUUGGUUACUGCAACGAUAAAAUGAUUACAGAUAAUGACAAUUGGGUCUACAAAACGAAAGGUGAUGGUAUGACAUCUGCAGUGGCAAGUAUAGGUUCCAUUUACCAAUGGAAUAUUGAUGGCCUACAGCAAUUAGAUAAAUAUCUCUAUGUCGAUGAACCUGAAGUAAAAGCUGGUGGUUUACUAGGUAUUGGUAUCGCCUCCGCUGGUGUUCACCAUGAUGUAGAACCAGCGCUACUUCUACUUCAAGAAUAUAUCAACCAUUCAGAUACAAAGAUCAGCACAGCUGCUAUCUUAGGUAUAGGUAUUGCAUUUGCAGGUAGUAAGAAUGACGAAGUGUUAGGUCUUCUGUUGCCAGUCGUAUCCAAUACUGAGAAUUCACUAGAAUUAGCUGCUAUAGCUGCAUUAGCCCUAUCGCAUGUUUUUGUUGGUACAUGUAAUGGUGAUAUUACUACAGCUGUUAUGGAUAAUUUCUUAGAACGUACACCUCUCGAGUUGAAAUCAGAAUGGGCUAGAUUCUUAGCCCUUUCUCUGGGUUUGCUAUACCUAGGACAAGGUGAGCAUGUUGAUGAUGUCUUAGAAACCAUUAACGCUAUAGAACACCCAAUGACCUCUGCCAUCGAAGUUUUAAUCAGCUCCUGUGCCUAUACUGCCACUGGUGACGUUCUAUUGGUUCAAGAUCUCCUGCAUAGAUUGACACCUAAGGCCGUCAAAUCAAGCGAUGAAGACGAAGAUGAAGACAAUGAGGAAUUAAGCCAGGAAGAUAUGAAUGGUAUUAGUGCUUUCUUGGGUAAGAAAGAAAAUGAAAUUGCAGAAGAGCCACAAGGCAAUGAAGGUGCAGAUAAUGAAAUGGAAGUGGACUCUCAUCAAGAUGAAACAACCACAGGGGAGAACAAUGUUAAGAAAGAGGAGAAUGAAGAAGAAAAGACUGAGAAGUCCGAGAAGACAGAAAACGAUGAGGAAGAAGAGGACGAAGAAGAAAGUAAGGAUGAAGGUGCCAACGAUGAGCUUGCUUAUGCUGUUAUUGGUAUUGCAUUAAUUACUAUGGGUGAAGAAAUUGGUAAAGAAAUGUCUCUACGCCAUUUCGGCCAUUUGAUGCAUUACGGUAAUGAACAUAUUCGUCGUAUGGUUCCACUAGCCAUGGGUCUUGUAUCUGUUGCGGAUCCUCAAAUGAAGGUAUUCGACACUUUAACACGAUUCUCACACGACCCUGAUUUAGAUGUUUCAAUGAACUCUAUAUUUGCCAUGGGUCUAUGUGGUGUAGGUACGAAUAACGCAAGAUUAGCCCAAUUAUUGAGACAGCUCGCUAGUUAUUACUCUAGAGAACAAGAUGCCUUAUUUAUAACUAGAUUGGCCCAAGGUCUUGUACAUUUGGGUAAAGGUACCAUGACUAUGGACAUAUUCAACGACGCCCAUGUUUUAAACAAAGUGACAUUAGCUUCUUUGUUGACAGUUCUUGUUGGCCUAAUAUCCCCAAGUUUCAUUCUAAAACACCAUCAACUAUUCUACAUGCUAAACAGUGGUGUAAGACCUAAGUUCAUCAUCACAUUAAAUGAGGAGGGUGAACAAAUCAAGGUUAAUGUUCGUAUUGGCCAAGCUGUGGAGACUGUUGGCCAAGCAGGUAAACCAAAGACUAUUACUGGAUGGAUUACACAAUCAACUCCAGUUCUUUUGGGACACGGUGAAAGAGCUGAACUUGAAAAUGACGAGUAUAUCAGUUACACGAAUAACAUUGAAGGUGUUGUAAUUCUAAAGAAGAAUCCUAACUUCCAAGAAGAAGAGUAA